AGAGAGAGAGAGAGACUCUUGAGGGAAAAGAGACACGAGGGAGCGCGAGAGAGAAGAGUACGAGUAACCGCGAAAAGCUCAGUCGCGCGUGGUCCACCUACAAUCACGCAUAUAAUUUAGUGUGUUCUCUAUCUAUUUAUCUAUUUAUCUAUUUACCUAUCCAUCCAUCUAUCUAUCUGUCUAUCUAUCUAACUAUCCCAUCCAGCUGUGUCUCAUCUUUUUUUUUGUUUUUGUUUUUGUUUUUUUUUUUUUUGUUUUCGAUCAUCACUCUUAUUUUCCUCUCCUAUCUCAUUAUCAUUGUCUAUUAUUAUCCCUCUUACCCUUUUUUUUCUCUCCCUCUCUUUCCUUUUUCUUUUUCCCUUAAUCCUACCCACCUACCCUUUGUACUCUCACCCUCAUUUCUUUUCUUUGUCUUCUUUCGUUUCUCCUUUCUUUUUCUUUUUUCUUAUUUUUCUUUUUUUUUCUUUCUUUCUUUCUUUCUUUCUUCUUUUCCCUUCCUCCAUAGAAACAUUCCCUAGAAAAAUAUCUCACAACGAUCGAUACUUUUAAUCGUUCGUAAUUUUUAAAAGAUAUCAUCAUUAUAAUAUUUUAAUAAUACCGAUAAUAUUAUCCCCUUUUUUUCCCCCCCAUUGUAAUCAUUUUAACAGAGCAAUCGAAUAAGAGUUAUGGAAUUAAAAUGACGUAAGUUCGUGAGGGCUAUACGUUAUAACACGAAUUGGAUAACUUUCGAAGGUCACUGCUUCAAAAGGUUCUGGGAAAAAAGAAAAAAAAAAAGAAAACAAGAAAAAAAAAAAAAAAAAAAAAGAAAGAAAAGAAAAGAGAAAAAAAGGAAGAAGAAAGAAGACAAAGAAAAAGUGUAAUCUGUUUAUUGUCAAGUGUGUAACGUCGUGAAUUAUUAACGCGGUGAAUAGUAUAGUGAACGUUUAUCGAAAAAAAAAAAAAGAAAAAAAAAAGAAAAAAAAAAGAAAAAAAAAAGAGAAAAAAAAGAAAUCUGUCCCAAGAAACGAAAAUCGGAGAAGAAAAGGCAAAAGGAAAGAAAAGAAUAAGAAGAAGAAGAAGAAGAAGAAGAGGGGAAGGUUUGAGUGCGUUAAACUUAAAUAAAAAUAAAAGGGCUUUUAAUUCGUGAAAAGCAUCAUGGCGACCACGGAGAUAUUCCAGGAUUGGGAUUCUCCCCAUGAAAAUAUUUCAUCGAUGACCAGGACGACUACACGAAAAACUACUAAAACAACUAGACGCGAGACUUCAGCAUCAACUAAAACAACCACCAUGACAACAGCAGCCAAGUUAUACGGCAAGGAUUUAAGUGAAUAUGAAGAUGUUGAUGUGGAUGAAUUGCUGGCACAGUUAACGCAGGAAGAAAUCAAUAUACUUGCCAAGGAAGUUGAUCCAGAUGAUAGUUUUAUGCCUCCAUCACAGCGUUGCAGCUAUGAAUGCGACAAGAGUCCUACAGGGCCACUUAACCGAAAGAAACUCAUCGAACACAUUAAUAAACAAGCAUUGGAAACACCGGAUAGACCAGAAUUAAAACCUUAUGUACCUGGAGUUAUUAGAGGAAAAAAGUGGAUCCCACCGUCUCAGGAAAGCGCAAAGGAAAAAGAGGCAGAUGAACAAAUUGCUAUAGAUCUUGGCGAUGAAUAUGAACAAGCAUUAUCUAAUGCGACUCAAGAAGAGAUUAUUGAUCUUGCAGCAAUUCUUGGAUUCCACUCUAUGAUGAAUCAGGAUCAAUAUCAUGCAUCUUUAUUAAAUUCUGGACAGCCUGUGGGAUUGGGCUGGGAUGGAGUGACAAAAGCUAGUCAACCAAAGCCUUAUCCAAUGGAACCACCUAAUGAUACAGACGUUGAUGCAACUAUCAAACAAGUUAGAGAUGAUGAUUCUUCCCUAACUGAAUUAAAUUGGAAUAAUAUUAAAAAUAUCUCGGAUGAGAAAUUUAUACAAUUAUUUGAAGGAUUGGAAGGAAAUACGCAUCUUGAGUCAUUAAGUUUAACCAAUGUUGGACUUACUGAUAAAACAACGCAAAGGUUGGCAGAAGCCAUGGAAAAGAACUCUACGCUUAGAGUAUUAAACGUCGAGACAAAUUUUAUAAGCCCACCUGUGAUAGUGAGGCUCAUUAGAGCUCUUCUUAAGACCAAAUCGAUCGAAGAAUUCCGAUGUUCCAAUCAGAGAUCACAAGUAUUGGGUAACAAAAUUGAAAUGGAAAUCACACAAUUGGUAGAACAAAAUCCAACGUUAUUACGACUUGGACUUCACUUUGAGUUUAAUGAUGCUAGACAUCGCGUUGCUGCACAUUUACAACGUAACAUCGAUAGGAUCUGUCGUGUGGAACCUAUGGAACGCGCUAAGGUCAUAGCGAUCGGCUCGGGUCGUGACACAUUCACCGUUCUUCCUGUAGAUGCUCUAAAAAAUCGUGCCUAGCGCUGACACGGCGCAAUCGCCUAUGCCGCACGGGAAGGGCUUCCCGCAACUAUACCAUCGGCUGGGCCCUACAUUGACGAUCACAUAA